AUGGCCACCGCAGCUGGGUUGACCGAGGAGCAAAAGGCGCAAUACAAGGAGGUGUUUGACCUCUUCGACAAGGAUGGAACCGGUGAUAUCACAGCCCAGGAGCUGGGUGCCGUCAUGAGGUCCCUGGGCCUCAACCCUAGCGACACGGAGCUGAACGACAUGGUCAACGAGGUCGACGCUGACAACAACGGCUCCAUCGACUUCAACGAGUUCCUCAACCUCAUGGCGCAGAAGGUGCAAGUCGGCGAUGCCGAGGAAGAGCUCAAGAACGCCUUCAAGGUUUUUGACCGCGACGGCAGCGGCACCAUCUCCGCCGAGGAGCUCCGCCACGUCCUGACCUCUCUGGGAGAGGACAUGACCCCAGCCGAGAUUGACGAGAUGAUCCAGAUGGCCGACAAGAACGGCGACGGAUCAAUUGACUAUGACGAGUUUGCGUCGAUCAUGAUGAGGGAGUAA